AUAAAGUUCAGUGCAUUAACUAUAAUAACAUUUAACUGGAUGUGUCACGUUGAUGAAUGACCACAAAACUUCUAAAUUCCAGGCAAACAAAGUAGACGCGAAGGCAACAUACCCCGUAUCCUAGCAACCACCGACGCCACAGUCUCCGUUUUGUAGCCAGAUCACACCAGUGUGGCAUAAAACUACGAAGAUGGAUUUAUCAGACAAACCAGACAAACCGCUGUCCACAUUAUCGUCCUUCAGUUACAUCCCACCGCGACGGAACCAACCGAAAGAAAUGUCUUAUUUCAAGAAAGACUCGGAAGCGCCAGAUGUCUUCAUGUAUGACCGAGUGUACAACCAGGCUGAAGGCUACGACAUGAGACUGCACCGCGAUGACAGGAAACACUUUAAAGGAAGCGGACUGCGCAUAAACGAAGAGGAGGACACAGAGUGGAGAGACACCCAUGUCAUUCACACACAGCACUCCGCUGUAGAAGAGAAAGCAACUGAACACCAAACUCAGGUGGACGAAUUCGGACAUUUGAUGCGGGAAUUGAUCAGAGAAGAGAGGAUUCCUGGGAGAACGCAAUGGGGAUGUGCUCGGUAUGCACAGACCAUCAACAUGCGGGUAAGAUGACCCUCAAACAGUGCUCUAAUGUUUCACUAUGAUUGCUCAGGAAAAAUAUUAUUGAGACGGGCUGAUUUGCAUAGAAGACAGCAGCCUGCUCUUGGUUAUUCAUGCCAGAGGGAGGUUUGAACAGGGAUAUGUCAGGACUCGUUUGUGGGGGCCAAACAUCCUACGAUCGUGUGUCAUCGGAACCAAACCGUCGUCAUUUCAGGUUUUAUUCGCACAUGAGGUUUGCGCCCGAGUGCGAAAAUUACACAAGGGCAAAUAGACCAAUGACCUCAGGACCUUAUCCUCAUCUGUGAAACGUGGUGGCGGCAAAAUUUUAACUGAAUGCAACCUGAAACCAGGAGAAAGUGGAUCAAGCAGCAGCAAAAUGACCCUCAAC